AGCUCCUGUACUGCGCUAUCCCUAAAGUGGCCUCCACGACGUGGCGCCGCAUCUUCAUCCUCCUCUCCGGCAACAUCAAGACAAAGGACCUCGCCUCCAUCUCGGCCAACGACGUCCAUCACAAGUACGCCAAGAACUUGACCUACUUGAGCGACUUCCCCCGGGAGGGCAUCGUACGGCGCAUCAACACCUACUUCAAGUUCCUCUUCGUCCGGGAACCGUUUGAACGAAUUUUGUCCGCUUUCAGGAACAAGUUCCUCACAAACACCAACUCGUCGACGUAUUUUAAACGAGCGUUCGGUCGAAAAAUUAUAAACACUUAUCGACCUGACGCGUCGUUGAAUCAUAACGGCGAGGGGCUUUUGUUCGAAGAAUUCAUCGCAUAUCUUACGGAUUAUAAAUCCGUUAUAAAAACAAACGAACAUUGGGAAAGGUUUCAUAUACUUUGUAAUCCCUGUCUUAUAAACUACGAUUUUAUCGGAAAACUUGAAACUAUCGAAAGAGAUUCCCAAUUCGUCUUGGAUAAAAUGUCGCUAUCGGAGUGGAUAAAGUUGCCUUCCAGAUCGGAACUCAAGUACGCCACGGAAUUAACGAACUCUUUCAUGGAAGAAUUCUACGGGAACGUGUCCCGGCAUUCGAUUGUGCAGUUGUUUAAAAAGUACCAAGCAGAUUUUCUUAUAUUUAACUACACUGUGCCUCAGGUAAUACGAAACUUGAUGCUGCGGAAGCGAGAUAAGGAAUGAAGUUUUUUGAAUGCUGCCUCAAGGCUUAGUCACAGAAAUAAUAAUGUUUACG